CAAAAUUAUCAGUAGUAUAUUUAGAACCAGUUAAAAGUAGGCAUUUAUUGUAAAAUUAUUCAGUGUUGAAGUGGUGUCGAUGCUUUUCAAAAAAUGAGUAUUAAAUUUAUUUUUUUUGCUUUGGCUACUCUGUUCGUUGACGUAAGAGGUUUUAUUGAAUUUAUGGAUUGUGGAUAUACAGUAGAAACAGUAGAAGUGAGAUUAGGAAGCUGUAUAUCGACGCCUUGUGAAAUUAUUACUGAUAAAAUUCAAGAGAUUGAGAUAACAGUGGAUGGCACACAGAUUCCUCCAACAUCAACUAUAGUCGCAUCUGCGGAAUUCAUUCAAAUGGGCAUACAUUGGAGUGUACCAAUAACACCCGAAGAUGUAUGUACGUCAUGGUCAUGUCCUCUUGAAGCUAGACCUGAAUACACGUUCUUGGGAGAAAUCGAAUUUUCUGGGAUUCAUUUAAAGAGACCAGGAACGCUGCAAAUAGAAGCCUUCACUGAUGAUCCUGAUAUAGAUCCAUUAUUUUGUAUAAAAAUUCCCGUCUUGAUUGUAAAUUGAAAUAUUUUUACCUGCAGUAAAACCACUCAUUGUGUAUUGUGUAAUAAUCAGCAUUAUUUUAAAUCUAGUUUAUUUUUAUUAUUUAUCUUAUUGAUAUUAUAUUUUAAAUAAAACUAUCUGAACUUUG